AUGUGCACCGCAAGAUCAGCCUCACCGUGUGCACUGUGUAGAGCCACAGGGCGCAAGGGCCAUCCCGGAGUCAACGUGCAGAUCUCUCUGGAAUUCAGAGAAGUGGGAGCUCUGUCCAACUUGUGUCAAGCCGAUCACAUCAAGUGUUUUGUUCGCAAGUCCGCGCAUCGCACGUACCCCUGGCUGGUUUCGUUGCUCCAUGUGGCUCACCAAUCUGGUCUAGGACGCACGCGCAAUAUUGGCACGAGUGCGGCCCUCCUUGCAGACCCGCAAGGCGACAUGCUAAGGGAUGUCAAUGGUGCACAAGGCACCCACGCCCGCAUUCCACCGGGCCAUCUGCGAGUCGACGGGAUGCGAAUGUGCUUUUGUUGA